AUGUAGACAGGAGCUAUUAUACACUGUGCAGCCAGGAUAAGAUAACGAUAUCAGUUGGUAGCCGGCGCCCUAGCUAGCGCGGAGUGGAAUCUUUGCCGCCAUUUUUUAGAUUUGUCAGCUGAGAGACCGGUUCCUUUCUACCGACACAACACACGGCAUGGAUUCCAACAGGCAACUAAUGGACGUGAUAGUGGUCGGUUGCGGCGCGUCGGGCGUGGCGGCGCUGCGGCGGCUCCACGACGCCGGGCUCAAGGUGCUCGGUCUGGAGGCGGCUGAGCGGGUCGGAGGCAGGAUCUGUACCGUGGAGUAUGGGGAGCGACGGCUGGAUAUUGGCGCUGCUUGGUGUCACGGCGAAAAAGACAACAUAGUUUUCGAGCUUGCCAACCCUCUUGACCUACUCGGGCGUCCCAAUCCAGACCACCAGUGGUUUGUGCGGUCCAACGGAGACUUGGUCCCUGAAGACCAGGGUAAGGCCAUACAAGACGCGUUGAGCCAAGCGGUUGAAGCGGCUGAGAAAAAUAACGCGAAGUCUAUUUCGGAGUGCGUGCGGGAUGCAACAAGGACAACCCCGUCGCUGCAACAAGACCCGCAUCUCUCAACCUCCUUCGCCGAGUGGUUCGAGCGGUGCAACCACGCCGGCGGCGAGCGCGGGAAGUCUCUGCGGGGGCUGCACGAGAGUUGGGGCUGUGAGGGAGAGUUCAUGCUGAACUGGAAGGGGAGAGGGUAUGCCACUGUGUUGGAUGUUUUGUUGAACAAACACCCCGACCCCACGCAACAACUGCCUAUCCAGAUCCUACUGAACAAGGAGGUGACCAGCAUCAAGUGGGCCAGCCAGGCGGCGGCGGCGCCACUGGUCCACGUCCAGUGCAGGGACGGCAGUCUGUACGCCGCUAAGAGUCUGCUGGUCACUGUGUCGGUCGGGGUUUUGAAGGAGAGACACGCUAAGUUAUUCAACCCGCCACUACCGGCCGAGAAAGUCAACACCAUAAACAAUCUUCAGAUGUGCGUUUUGGACAAAAUCUACAUCGAAUUCACCAAACCCUGGUGGCCAAAAUUCCCUUCAAGCUUCGCCGUUUUAUGGCGACCGGAAGACAAAGACAAAUUCUCUAAAGAAGAGAGAUGGAUAACAGAAAUCUAUGGUUUUAACACUGUUGAAUACCAGCCGAAUCUGCUGUUAGCUUGGAUUUAUGGAGAGGGGGCUGUAGAAAUGGAGAAAGUUAGCGAAGAGAAGGUCAAAGCGGGAGUCAUUAAGUUGCUAAAGGUUUUGUUUAGCAAGGAGUUUGAGGUCACACCAGUCAAGUCCAUUUUAAGAUCAAAAUGGGCGUCCAAUCCCUUCGCACGAGGCGCAUACGCCUACCGAAGCGUGGCCAACGAACAACAUGGUGGCAACGCCAUCACAUUGAGCGAACCUCUUUACUAUAAUGACCAAUUCCCCAUACUCUGCUUCGGAGGCGAAGCGACGUCCCAUCACAGGCACGGGGCGGUCCAUGGAGCUAUUGAAGCGGGUUUUAGAGAGGCUGAUAGACUUAUUGAGGCGUUUAAAAAAGGAAUUUAUUAAAAAGUAAGAUAGUUACUGGCAGUAAAAAAGUUGACGGACUUAUUGAGGCUUU